AUGAUAGUCUUCAUUUUCCUUGCUAUGGUGCUAUGCUUGGAAAAUGAAUCCACUUCCCAAACCAUUGAUUGCACGUAUUUAAGAGAGCAAUGCCUAAGUGAUACAAAUGGAUGUAAACUUGCAUGGAGAAAGAUGGAAGAUUCAUGUAAUGUUUCAGACCCAGGUAACCCCUGCAAGAUGAAGGAUUCAUCAAACUGUAACCUGAGCAUCCAGUCCUUGGUGGAAAACAAUUUCCAGUUUGAAGAUUGUCUCUGCACUGAUAACCUCCAUUGCACUAUUAACAAAUUGCUUGGGAAAAAAUGCAUCAAUGAAUCAGAUAACAUGAAAGAGGAUAAUCAAUCCAAGUGGAAUCUGACCACUCUUCCCUAUAAUGGAAUCAAAGGGAUCCAGUCCUGUUUGGAAGUGGCAGAGGCGUGCGUAGGGGAUGUGGUCUGUAACGCACAGUUGGCCCCUUACCUUAAAGCUUGCUCAGCAAAUGGAAAUCUAUGUGAUGUGAAACACUGCCAAGCAGCCAUACGGUUCUUCUAUCAAAGUAUGCCUUUUAACAUUGCCCAGAUGUUGGCUUUUUGUGACUGUGCUCCAUCUGAUAUACCUUGUCAGCAGUCCAAAGAAGCUCUUCACAGCAAGCCAUGUGCCGUGAACAUAGUUCCACCCCCUACUUGCCUCAAUGUAAUUCACAGCUGCCGAAAUGAUGAAUUAUGCAGGAGGCGCUAUAGAACAUUUCAGUGGAAAUGCUGGCAACAAGUGACUAGAAAGUGCCAUGAAGAUGAAUUUUGCAUCAGUACCUUAAGCAAGCAGGAUCUCACUUGCUCAGGGAGUGAUGACUGCAAAGCAGCUUACAUUGGGAUCUUGGGGACAGUCCUUCAAGCUCAGUGCACCUGUAGGACCAUCACACAAAGUGAAGAAUCUUUGUGCAAGAUUUUCCAACAUAUGCUUCAUAGAAGAUCAUGUUUCAUGUGGAUUUCUUUGGAUACCUGGGAAGGAACCAGCUUCUCUGGCUCCCAUUUUGCCCACUGGAAAGUUCUUCCUUAUCCAUCUUCCUCCAUAGCCAUAUCUGAAGAAGAUUUAGGGAAAAAUGCCCUCCUUGAAGAAUAUGGAGCUCACAUAGACUGUAUCCUGUUCAUACAGUUUGAGGCGUUAAAAGUUUAG